AUGAAUGUCAAACACAAGUAUCCAUGUACACAUUGCAAAUCGGAAGUUUAUUUUCAACCAUCGUCGACUAUGGCAUCCAAUUCAGCAGCCCUCGAUGAUGGUUUUGUCUUUAUUACAUCAAAUGAUGGUGGUGGCGGACAAACACCAACCAACAAUACAACAAGCCUAAAUAUUGAAUGUAAUCAUAGCGGAAAGAUUGAACGGAUUGAAGAUAUUGAAUAUCUAACGGAGGAUAUAUUGAGUUCCAUCACUAUAGGAGAGGAUUUGAAAAAGAAUACAAAAUUAUCAACGCUCAUCAAUGAUCUGUAUUUAUGUAAUACUUGUAUGACUGAUUUGUUUGGUGGACUUUCGGAGGAAAUUGAACAAUUAGAAUUGGAAUGUAAAUUAUAUGAUGAAAAAUUGAAAAAAUCGAAAAAGUUUGAUACGAAUGGAAUGUACAAGAAAUACAUGAAGGAAAUGGAUGAAUUGAGGAAUGAAGAGUUGGUUCUCAGAGAGCAGGUUAAUGUUAUACAGAAUGAUAGGCAUCGAAUUGGAAGAAAUAUUACAAGUUUACAAACUGAAUAUAAUACUCAACAGGAAAGCGAGAAGAAUUAUUGGAAAAUUUAUUUUCAAUUCAUUCAUAAUAAUCAGUUCCUUGCAGAGGAAAAUCGUAGAAAGAGUCAAUUGAUAGAUAAGGAGGAUAAAAUUAGAAGGAAAUCACCUCUUGCUGGCAUGUUUCAUUUGUGGUAUGAAGGAUCGUAUGGUACGAUCAAUGGAUUGAGAAUGGGUCGUCUAAGACAUGAUCCUGUAAGUUGGGAGGAAAUCAAUGCUGCCUGGGGACUUGCAGUCUUGUUGUUAGAUCUUACUGCCCAACAAUUGAAUAAUUUCAAAUUUACCAAAUACAAACUGGUGCCAAAGGCCAGCUGUUCAUCCAUUAAGGAACUGGAGAGUGGAGACAAGUAUGAUUUAUUCUUCUCUUCCACUAGAAACAUUCAAUCAUUCAAUGAGGGAAUGAAAUGCUUCCUAUUCUGCCUUGAAGAAUUAUGUCAACAUAUUGGUAUUGUAGUGCCAGGUUCCUCAAUUGGAACUAGAUUGAUAGUCAAGGCCGAUGAGGGUAAGAUUCAAGACUUGAGCAUGCUGUACAGUGUCGAAAGAGAAUACGAGUGGACAAAGGCAUUGAAGUAUCUCAUCAUUAACCUCAAAUUUGUACAAAAGAAUGUAAUCAAAUAA